UUAUUAUUUACAUUUAGAUUCAAUUAUUUUAAAAUAUUAUACCAAUAUAAUAGGAUUGACAUGCAAAACAGUUAUUGGAAAUUGUCAGUCUAACUGGUUUAGUAGUGAGUAUUUGCUUUGCUCUUUGCCAAUAAUCAGUAUUAUAACUGGGCACUUGAUCUUGUUGGAAGGGCUUAUUGUAGAUGAGAGGAAAACUUAGGCCUCAGCUUCCAUUCUGAGUCAAAGCCUUGGUGCUCAGUCUUAUUGUUGUGUAUCGUAUGACCUCAUAUAAGACCUUCUGUGGGGCAGUAAAUAGGUUUGAAAGACUCAGUAUCUUGCUUCAUUUGGUCCUUGGAGCUUAGUAAAAUUUAUUUCUGAGGCCACACAGCCAAAAAAAUUGUCUGACAGUCAAAUCUAAUUAGUUGACAAUUCACUAAAAUGAUUCCUUGUCUUUUCCAUAUAUAACUUGGAAGCAGCAGCUGCUGGAAAGUUAUUUAUAUAUGUCUGGUUCCAGUUUUUGUGACCACCACAGUGUGGCAUAUGAGUCUUUUCCUUUCCAUGGUAGGAUAAACGAUUAACCAGUAAUUCUUUUUUUGUGCUGUUUUUAUAGCUUUUUAAUUGGAUCUCUAUUUAAGCAGGGAAGUAAUAGUCAGUACCUUAUAUUUGGCAAAUUAAAUAGCAUAGGAUCUAAAGUCUGCCUGUAAACUUACCUAUAUGUCUCUGGGGGUAACUGCUUUGAUGAUAAUGACUGGUGCUUCUGGGGUCCAUGGUUCUGUGUCGUUUCUAGAAGAAUGACUCAAAAAAAUUCCUUGCUGGUGACCAGGAACUGAAGGUAAGAUUUAAAAUGCAGUGUGAUUUCUAGAGUUCUAAUAUGAGCUUUUGUUUGCUUAUUUGUAAGAUUGGAAUUAUAGGUGGAACUGGCCUGGAUGAUCCUGACCUCUUAGAAGGAAGAACAGAAAAAUACAUUGAGACUCCAUAUGGCAAGCCAUCAGAUGCUUUGAUAUUGGGGAAGAUAAAAAAUGUUGACUGUGUGCUUCUGGCAAGGCAUGGAAGACAUCAUACCAUUAUGCCAUCAAAUGUUAACUUCCGUGCCAACAUCUGGGCACUGAAGGAAGAGGCUUGCACUCACCUUAUAGUUACUACUGCCUGUGGGUCAUUAAGAGAGGAAAUACAGCCUGGUGAUAUUAUUAUAAUUGACCAGUUCAUUGACAGGUAAGCAAGCAACAUGAUUGUGUGCGUGUUUAA